AUGGCGGGCGCUCUGGCCCCAACCCUGGCAUCCGAAGCAUCCCCCGCGUUUCCUGCUCCUCACUCAGUCUUCAGAUCCCAGUCCAGCGCCCCCGGUACAAUGGGGAGCCAGGGUGCCCAGGUCAGCCGCAAGGGCCAGCGUACCAGGCGGAGGACCGGCAGGACGCCGGAGACCCCAUCUCCCAGUCCCCCCUGCCCCAGCUCUCUCCCUCCUGCGGAGGAGGCAGAAACGGACCGGCAUCUACUGCAGCCCGGAGUCCCAGGAGUGGCCGCCGAACCCUCACCCCGCGGAGCGCCUGGGCGCCCAGAGCUUUGGCCAAAAACCUUGUGGUCCUUUGUGCCCCCGUCUUCCAUUCAGCUCCACACCCAGUCCACCAGGAAAUCCUGCCGAUCCGCCGUCAGAAUCCUCUCCGCAUGUCCACCCCGUCCCCAAAGUGGGGCCACCCUCGUGUCUCCAGUGGAGCAGAGGAGCCUUCCCUCGGGCUCCGUGUCCACUGCCACCCACAGUCAGCUUCUGCCCCAAGGCCAGAAGGCACCUAAGCUUACAACCUAAGCAUUUGAUGGCAAACGAACCAUCCUCAGCCCUUCAGCGGCUCCCAUCUCUAGAAGAACAAAAUCUAAACUCCUCUCCAUGGCCAUGCAAUUUAUCAUCCAAACCAGAACUUUUCUUCCUUUGUGAGAGUAAAGACGGUACCAUGAUUAUGCCAGAAAAACAGGCAUAAAUUGGCUCAUCUGUUCUCCAACCCACAAGGCCCUGUGUGGCCUGCUGGUACCCAACAGCCACCCUGCCAACCCUCCAGGCUGUCUCCCUUGCACCUCAUGUCCCUUAUUCUGCCUCUGCCCCACCCUCCUUGGCAACUUGUUCCGGCCACGGGGCCUUCGCACUUGCUGUUCCCUCUGCCUGGAAUGCUCUUCCCCAACGGCUUCAUGAAGCUUGUCCCUCCUCCCUCUUUAUUCAGGGCUUUGCUUAAUGUCACCUCUUCGGAGAAGCCUUCCCUGACCUCCCCACCUUGAAUAGUCCCUCAUUCCUUCACUCUGUGUUCCCAUCCCUACUUUAUUUUCAAUUUUUGCAAUUUCUGCCUGAAAUGGCCACUUCAUAUUUAUUUGUUGACUUAAUUAUCUGAUGCCCUUAUGAAAGUGUUGACUUUGUCUAAAUCACCAUUGAGACCCAGUCCCCAACACAGUGCCUGCAGGAGCUCAAGAAAUAUUGCUUAAAGAAAAAUUAGCCGGGCGUGGCAGUGAACGCCACUACUUGGCUACUUGGGACGCUGAGGCAGGAGAAUCACUUGAACCCAAGAAGAAGAGGUUGAAAGAAAGAAAUAUUGCUUAAAGGGAUGCAUGAAUAGUAAAGAGCCAAUUUUAAUUGUUGAUCGCUGUCAUCAUUAAUUUUGUUAGGCUGGGUCCAGGUUCUCUGGUUAAGAAAGGCCUCAGCCUUCCCAUCUGCAAAAUGGGGAGGGGAGUCAAAUAUUGGACCUCCUCCUCAAAUACAGGAGCCUAGUAUUUACAAACAAAAGAAAG